AUGAAUUAGGAUACAAGGACUUCUAGAAUUAAAGUUUCAAUAUUAUAAAUUAUAUUUAGAGUAACCCAAGAUUUGAUUGAUUCAACAUUAUCAGUUUUAGUGAUGAAAGGAAUUAAUGUUAACUAAAUUCAAAUAAGAAAUCUGUUAACUCAAACAUCGAAAGUUUAAAAUUUUACUAAAUUAAUAGAUUCAAAAACUAUAUAUUUUAAAAUAAAGUUAAUUUUAAAAUUUAAAUUAUAAAAUUUUGUUAUAAGUUGCAAAAUGAGAGUAUUGAAAUUUAUCAAGAAAUGA